AAGGUUAAUGAGAACAUCAAUAAGUUGGCUAAGAAACCCAUGUCGCCAUUCGCUAAAUUUCGUGAACUUGAUCGACAAAAUAGUCUACCAAGUUCUCCAAGUACACCAAAGACUCCAGGAAAAGAAUUUUCUUUCAAAUUUACUGAUCCUGUUGUUCACAAUAAUGCGCUUCAAAUUAAAGAAAGAUUGUUAGCAUGGUGUCGUUCUAAAACUAAAGAGUAUGAGAAUAUUCAAAUUGAUAACUUUUCAACAAGUUGGAACAAUGGCCUUGCUUUUUGUGCAUUACUACAUCAUUUUAGACCUGAAGCAUUCAAUUAUGGAAGUCUUAAACCAGAGAAUCGUAGAAAAAACUUCGAGUUGGCCUUUGAAAAAGCAGAAGAGGUGGCUGGGAUUACACCUCUUCUAGAUGUAGAUGACAUGGUAAAAAUGAAAAAGCCUGAUUGGAAAUGCGUUUUUACUUACGUACAGUCAAUAUAUCGUCGGUUUAAAGAUGAAGAUUAAAUUUAAUUCUCUGAUUAAAAAUAAUUACGUAAUUUGUUUAUACUCUUGUAUUCUUGUUGUUUUUUAUAUUGAUGAUCAAUGUUGAUGUUAUUCGUGAUAUGUAAGAACUGUACGUGCAUUUGAAAAUAUUAUCAAUUAAGUAGAUUAAUUUACAUAGUUAAAAAUACUGAAAAUUAUUUAUUUAUGUUAAUUAUCAAAUGUUUAUAAUGUCUGUUGCAGAAAGUUAUUACAACUUUUAUAAUUGCUAAAUAUAAAAUCUGAAUAACACAAACUCUAAAUAUUUUAUGAUAUUCUAUAAAAAAGUAAUUAAAUCUGUGUUUUUUUCUUUUAUAUACAAAAAA